GGUGUCACUCUGUCCUCCUCCUCCCAGUAUCUUGUCCUUGUCCAGUUUCUCGUCUCCUCCCCGCUUUGGUCUCCGCCUCAUUACAAGAUGGCGGCCCCUGCAGCAGGCUCAGGCCCGGGCGGCUCCUCGGGUGUCACUCCCGGUACCCUGGGUCCCAGUACCAGUAGUAGCAGCAGCGUGAACCCGUUUCUCAGCGACUCGGAGGAAGACGCUGAAGAAGAAGAGGAAGAAGAAGAGGAGGAAGACGACGAGGAUAACGAGGAAGAUGUGUCCCCAUCAGACGCCCGUCCCGGUCCCCAGCUCUCCGCCCGCUACCUGUCGGAAGACAGCGAGCACCACCUGCUGCAGCCUGCCGGACACCGGCCCUGUGUACCGGCGGCGGGGGAUCCGGGCCGGGUACCACUGGAUGCGGUGGCGGCGCAGCUGCUGCGGGAUCAGCUGCUGCUCACUGCUCUGGAGCUGCACACCGAGAUGUUGGAGACCGGCAGGGAGCUGCCCCGGCUUCGGGAUUACUUCUCUAACCCCGGCAACUUCGAGAGACCAGCGGCUGGGGCUCCCCCCGCAAUCGGCAUCUCCAACCCCAGCACAGGCGGCGGCGGACAGCUGAAUCGAGCUGGUAGCAUUAGCACUCUUGAUUCGCUGGACUUUGCUCGCUACUCUGACGAUGGCAAUCGGGAGAUUGAUGAGAAAGUGGCAGUCCUGGAGUUUGAACUACGGAAAGCCAAGGAGACCAUUCAGGCCCUCAGGGUCAACCUGACACUGGCUGCAGAAAAUGAAGUUCCUUUGCAGGAACGAAAAAAUUAUAAAUCAAGUCCUGAAAUUCAGGAGCCUAUAAAACCUCUUGAAAAAAGAGCAUUGAAUUUCCUAGUCAAUGAAUAUUUAUUAAAAAAUAACAGCAAGCUUACUUCUAUAACCUUUUCUGAUGAAAACGAUGAGCAGGAUUUUGAAAUGUGGGAUGAUGUAGGAUUGAACAUCCCAAAACCUCCAGACUUGUUGCAGCUUUACCGGAGCUUUGGAGUAGUUAAGGACACAGCAGACAUUACAGUUGGUGUAACGGAAGAUGAUCUUGAGCCUAUUCCAAGCACGGAGAGACCUGCGGCGGAAUCCCAAACUAUACAGCCAUCUGCAUUAGUGCAAGAACUAGAGAAUAAAAUUAGGCAAUGUAAUGACGAGAAUGCAGCUCUGCUGGAUCAAAUUAGGACUCUCCAGAGGGAAAUUGAAGAUCUCCGAGUAAACCCUGUGACCUCUGUGGCAGAGGUUUGCCCUGAAACUCAGCAGCCUCCUAGGAAACUACACGCCCAGACUUCAGAGGAGAGUGACUAUUACGUAGAUAUAAGAAUUUCAGACACUGACCAUAAAUGUGAGUCUACAGAGGAAAGUCUGCCGCUAGAGCACACGGAAACAGACUUUCAUCUGUCACAGGAUAUUCCACCCAGCCCUGACUUGUCCAAGUUUAGUAAGAAGACCCUUCUGUGCACACAGCCACUUAAAGAUGGAAUACAGUUUGAUCAGCCUAAUAGAAAACUGUCACCAGCCUUUCAUCAAGCACUACUGUCUUUUUGCCGCAUGUCAGCGGACAGUCGCUUGGGUUCAGAGGUGUCUCGGAUUGCUGACAGUGAUAACGGAGUCAUGUUGAUGUUGGGACGCUGCCUGCCUCAUAUUGUUCCGAAUGUUCUCCUUGCAAAACGUGAGGAACUGAUACCACUUAUACUGUGUACUGCCUGCCUCCACCCAGAGCCUAAAGAAAGAGACCAGCUUCUGCACAUACUGUUCAAUUUAAUCAAGCGCCCAGAUGAUGAGCAAAGGCAGAUGAUUUUAACUGGAUGCGUCGCUUUUGCUCGCCAUGUUGGACCAACUCGAGUUGAAGCAGAACUUUUACCUCAGUGUUGGGAACAAAUCAAUCACAAGUACCCAGAAAGAAGACUGCUUGUGGCAGAGUCAUGUGGAGAUCUAGCCCCUUACUUCCCGAAAGAGAUAAGGAGCUCUCUUGUGCUAUCUAUGUUACAACAAAUGUUAAUGGAAGACAAAGCUGACAUGGUGCGGGAAGCAGUCAUUAAAAGUCUUGGCAUAAUUAUGGGGUACAUUGAUGAUCCAGACAAAUAUCAACAGGGUUUUGAACUCCUACUGACGGCCUUAGGUGACCCUUCGGAGAGAGUAGUGAGUGCUACUCAUCAGGUGUUUUUACCAGCCUAUGCUGCUUGGACAAUGGAGUUAGGAACUCUCCAGUCUCACCUUAUCCCCACACUUCUCCAUAAAAUUGAAAAACUCCUCAGGGAAGGUGAACACGGCCUGGAUGAACACAAACUGCACAUGUAUCUCUCUGCUUUGCAGUCCCUUAUCCCUUCACUGUUUGCCACAGUUUUGCAGAAUGCAACAUUUACAAAUAAAGCCAAACUUCAGGGAGAAAUAGUACAGAUUGAAGUGACUAGGUUCCCUCGUCCUAUAUCGCCUCUUCAGGAUGUAGCAACCAUCAUUGGCAGUCGCGAGCAGCUGGCUGUACUACUUCAGCUCUAUGAUUACCAGCUAGAGCAUGAGGGCACCACGGGCUGGGAAAGUUUGCUUUGGGUUGUUAAUCAAUUAUUACCACAACUAAUUGAGAUAGUUGGCCGCAUCAACGUUGCAUCCACCGCUUGCGUUCAUGAGUUUUCAAGGUAUUUCUGGCGGCUGUGCAGGACGUUUGGAAAGAUAUUUACAAACACAAAGGUAAAGCCACAAUUCCAGGAAAUCUUGAGACUGUCUGAGGAAAAUAUUGAAUCUGCAGCAGGAAACGGUGUUCUCACGAAGGCUACCGUCCCUAUUUAUGCAACUGGAGUCCUGACAUGCUACAAUCAGGAAGAAGACCGUAAGCUUCUAGUGGGUUUCCUUGAAGAUGUAAUGACCAUGCUGUCAUUAUCACAUGCCCCAUUGGAUAGUCUAAAAGCAUCUUUUGUGGAGCUUGGGACUAAUCCAGCAUAUCAUGAGUUGCUGUUGACGGUGCUUUGGUAUGGGGUUGUCCACACAUCGGCACUUGUACGGUGUACUGCUGCAAGAAUGUUUGAGCUUUUGGUUAAGGGGGUGAAUGAGACUUUGGUAGCUCAGAGAGUUGUACCUGCCCUCAUCACACUCUCCAGCGAUCCGGAAAUCUCUGUGAGAAUUGCCACAAUCCCAGCUUUUGGCACCAUCAUGGAGACUGUUACCCAGAGAGAGUUAUUAGAGAGAGUGAAAAUGCAGCUGGCUUCAUUCCUGGAAGACCCUCAAUAUCAGGAUCAGCAUUCAUUGCAGAUUGAACUUAUCAGGACAUUUGGAAGAGUUGGACCUAAUGCAGAGCCAAAGUUCAGAGAUGAGUUCGUUCUUCCUCAUUUACACAAAUUAGCUUUGGUCAAUAACCAACAGUCAGUGGAUCCCAAAAGACUGGACAUUGCCACUUACCUGUUUGAAGCUUAUAGUGCUCUAUCCUGCUGCUUCAUAUCAGAAGAAUUGAUGGUAAAUCACUUUUUACCAGGACUUCGAUGUCUACGUUUUGAUAUGGAACAUCUAUCUCCUGAACAUGAGGUUAUUUUAAGCUCCAUGAUAAAAGAAUGUGAGCAGAAGGUGGAAAACAAGACGGUCCAGGAGCCCCAAGGUUCCAUGUCUAUUGCUGCAAGCCUUGUGAGCGAAGAUACAAAGACCAAGUUUUUGAACAAAAUGGGCCAGCUGACCACAUCCGGUGCAAUGUUAGCAAAUGUUUUUCAGCGCAAGAAGUAAUUGGCUUCCUGCCAGCCCAUAAAACACUAAUGAUGGACCACUUGCUCCUUGUACUUGAAGUACUUGCCUUUUUUCUUUUUUCUUUGUUUUCUGUCUGAUGUUCUUGUAAUAUAUUUUAUUAAAAACUCCAAAGAUAUUUGCACUUCAUUAGAAUAUCAGCAUGUCAGUUGAUUUGGAAGUUAAUACUGUAGCUGAAGUUAAACAGGAUCCAUAGCCUAUACCUUGUCUCCGUUAUGUGUUUUUUUUUGUUUUGUUUUUAUACAUACAAAAAAUAUAAAUAUAUAUAUAUAGUGAAAAAGUAUUUUUUGCUGAAAGAAAUAUUGGCAAUUCUAUCUGUUAAAUACUGCACAAAUUGCAAUGGUACUUAAAAAAAAACUGUAAAUUAAAAUUCAUUGUCAUGAAGUAAUAAAGUGAGAGAUUGCUAUGUAUUUAAAUUAUGGAAAUACCUUACAAUUUUGUUAUUACCUUAAUAAGAAAAGAGCCAGCCAGCGUUGCCUUGUGCCUUUUUGGAUUCAUUCCGAAUUAGACCAUUAUAGAAGGGUAAUGCAUUUGUAAUAUUUGAGAUUUUCCAGCCUCUCUUGGUCUUUCUUUUACCAAUUGUAUGUAUCAGUACAGUGACACUACAGUGUUAUUAUAGCUUAAAAGCAUGACACAUCUUCAGUUUUAAUGGGAAGAAUGUUGCAUACAAUUUUGUGAUCUUUAAAAUAAUUUAAAUUGACACUGUAUUUACUAUUGGAAAAUGUAUUAUAUCUGUUCUUACUACUGUUUCUGACUACUGAUGUUAAUACAAUAGCAGGGGGCUGUGGAUAUGAAGACUGUAAGGGGACAAUUCAAAUAUUUGCUUGGCUGCAAUGGGCCAUUCCGGAAGGGCACAUUGUGUCUAGCAAUGGCACUCAUUUUGCCUUGCAUCCUAUGUGCAUAGGAAAUUCCUGCAAUCGGUAAAUAUCUGUGCAGGUUGAUCAGCAUGGCAUAUUUGGGAGCGCAUCACAUUUAAUUGAAUCGGCCAUUAAAAGAGGAGCAUUGGAAUAGCUCUGUAAGAUUUUAAUGAAAUAAAUUGAAAUGCCCAAUUGGAGUUGUUCUUUCGUACAACACAAAAUGUAUAUGUUAAUUAUCCUCCUGUUCCCCUGGCUGUGAGAGGAGCUACUAGAGUGGUGAGGGGACUCAGAGGGAGAUUCAGUGCAACGUGGUGUUAAAAGGGGAGGAAGGACCAAAUUAUAGAAGGACUGUUGUCCAAAUGUUAAAAGAACCCUUUAAUUUUGCACUGCAUUUUUGAAAACUUUAAUUUAACUCUGAAUCGCCUGCAAACAUUGUUGUUUUAUAAUCUAAAAAGCAGGGGUGAGGAAAGUCGGGUAAACUGUUACUAUUUACAAUAAAAAAAAAAUUUGUUCCAUCCCUCUUUUCCCAUAAUCUGAAUAGCACAACUAUGUGUUAAUAUUGCAUAUAGUAUUGUAGAAUGUAGCAGUAAAUGUGUUGCCCCCUCCAAUCCCACGAAUGCCUCUGCUUGACAAACAGAGUCAUUCGCACAUGAGAUUCCGUCGCAUCUUGCUGUGUGCGCACGCGCAGUGUGGCUUCUGCCCGUCCACACACUGCACAGGGCGUCAGCAUGCGAACACUUCCGCAGCAGUGCUCCAUGCUGUAUUAGGCCUCAAGUACACUAUGGGCCUGAAUUAUGUUUGUAAGCAAAGCGAACAACCAAGCAACUGGGCAAAACCAUGCUGCACUGCAGGUGGGGCAGAUGUAAUGUGCAUAGAGAGUUAGAUUUGAGUGGGCUGUGUUCAAACGGAAAUCUAAAUUGCAGUAUAAAAAUGAAACUACAGUAUCUAACAUUUGUUGGCUACAGGCAAAAAACAGCUGCAGUUCAGCAUGGUAUUGCCCAGUUACUUGCUUUUUUGCUUUACUUACAAAUAUCAGGUCCAAUAAGCGAACUAAGAUGCUAAAUUGAGGACAAAUUACAAAAUCUAGGGUAAAAAGGCUAAAUACAGGUCUAGUUAGAGUGACUCGUACCAUGCAUCAUUAUGCUUUAUCUGCAACUUCAUAACAAUUCCUCUAAAAUAUGGAAACUAAUCCUAAGCUCCAAGUGCACUAUGGGACUGAAGACACAGCAAUCAGUAUGUCAUAGUCUGCAGAUGCUGAAAGUGGGCAUCCCAGUCCUUGCACAUUUGGGCCCACAGAUGUACACCACUUUGUGUAAAGUUGCAGAUGGGUGAUGGGCAAAAGACACAUAAAUGAACAAGGCUGCAUCCAACACAAACUUUGCGCCUAUAUAUGUACUAAGAAGCAAAAUUGAAGAAAAAAUGUGCAGCACGGGAACCACUACCCUUGUCGCGUCAGGUGUCUUGCACCUUAAGACACAAAAAGAAUAAGUGUAUGAGGACACAUCUGUAAAUACGAAUACGCGUUAUAUAAAUGGAAUUUUUACACCUACACAUCUGUAAAUACGAAUACGCGUUAUAUAAAUGGAAUUUUUACACCUAGAGAAAAAUGUCUACCGUGCUCUCUGCAGUAAGUAGCCAUGUUAGAGGUUCUUCAAUAAUUAGGCUAUGAGUGAUGACUUUAUAGACUGGCUGUGCAGGGAUGCCCAGUUUAGAUUGGUUGCUCUAUACACAUGGGUAAUGCCAAUUAUGUUAUAUUAACUAAGUUGACUGUGAAUCUACGUUUGAACCUGUAAGAGAUCCUUUAAGCCACUUUCUUAAAUGUCUUGGAAGGGCUUUUGGGAAGUAAUUAUGCUAUGAUUUAUAAUAAAAAAAUGUAAUUUGGUA